CACCAAUGGAGGACUACCUGUGGCUGUGGCCCUCGCAACUUGGCCUCUGCAGCUAGGAGGUCCAAAAGCACCCCAGCCAGAAGCUGCUGCUGAUCCCGGAGCCCGGAGCUGAUCUGGGCUGGAAGUGGAGGGGGGAGGUGCCCAGGAGAGUGAUGACAUCACCGGCCAGCCCUUGAAAGAUGAGCCGUUCCCUGUGCCACUCCAGCUCCGCUCCUCAGGAGAGUGAGUAGUACUGUUGGGGACGGCGUGGCAGGCAGUCGCUAGCCCUGGACCGAGGGACUCCCUACAACACAGAACCGGCUCUCUAGAGAAAAGGCUGCUUUUGGUCGGGAUCUUUCUCAGAGCAAUAGAGAGCUGAGACAGAGGGCUGCUCAGUGGAUGCCUAGAGGACGAUCCUCACUCGUCUUUGUCCUGAGUACAAAUGCACUGUUCUUGGAAGCGACCCGUGCUCCUGUCCGUGCAUGAGCCCAUGCCCACCACAGCCUCUCUGGGGUGAGUCAAGGGUUCUUCGCCUCAUUAUCGCUCACUCUAGGACUCCAGGACAGGCAGCAUCCUGUUUUGGAUCAUGGUUGAGGGGGCAUUUUGUGUUAGGCCCAAAGACCAAAGCUUUAACCUUAGUCCCCACGGUCCUAUCAGGAGCAGCGGGAGUGGGCUUUUGUGGGACUAGGGGAAGGCACGAGGACACUUCAUUGCAAGGGAGGUGUUCAAGUCAUUGUGAAGACAGGGUCACUGUGGAAUUGACAUCUGCUGGAAGACUGAAGACUAAGGGAACGCUUGGGGAAACUGAGUCAGAGUAGAGCCAGGAGACAGGGCCUCCAUCCCGAGGAACCAAUGCUGGCGGCACAGCAGAGAGUCCUAACCGAUCACCAACAUCCUGUGGCAGCAGAGAUGUCCCAAAAGCUCUCCAUGCUCACUCACUGGCCAGACAGCCUCCUGGAUUCCUGGGGUUUUCCAGCACGCUGGUCUUCACAAUGGACACCAAAUGGCUCUGAUGGUAUGCAUGAGGCUCCAGUGAGCAAAUAGCGAACCCCAAGCUGCUAACAUGGGCUCUCCAGGUCCGCAGAAGUAGGGCCGAGGGCCAGAAUGAGGACAUCUGGAAAGUUCCAGAAGAAGAGCCUUUUCCAUAGGUCACGGUGUAGGACAGUCUGCAGGUGACCCGUCUCUGCUGCGUGGUGACCAGGCUCAGUUGGAAGAGACUGCCGCGGGAGCAGAAACAGCACAGGCUGCACUGGGGUUGGUGACUCCUCUUACACCCUAGGGUGUCUGGCUUCCCAUAGCCCACUCCGUGAGGCCAGGAAGGCCCUGCAAUGCAUUUAAAGACCCCCACCUCGGAAGUCACAUGUCCCUAUCACCACUACGGGUCAGCAGCAGUUCACUAAGUCCAACUACGUCCAUAGGAACAAGAAUUAGACCAGAAGGAAUUGUAUCAGAGACUGUGUGUGUGUGUGUGUGUGUGUGUGUGUGUGUGUGUGUGUGUGUGUGUAGCCAGGCAUCUUCCCAGAGCAUAUGUCUUACCCCUUGGCCCCUCUGUAAGUAACAUCCUCAGGGCCACCGUGGGGACCCUCCCUUCUUCCCUUGUUCAGUCUCAUCUCUCCCUCCACACACAUCCCUGCCAAACUUGAAUCUCACUUCCUGACCCCGAAAUGGACUUGAGAUCUGUCACUGCUCCAGCCUUGCCUGCAUUCUCCCCCAUCGGAGGCUUUUUAAAAUCCCAAUUGGGCCCGGCUCCAGGAUUCCUAAUGGUGGUGGUGGUGGUGGUGGUGAUGAUGGUGAUGGUGAUGGUGGGAUAAUGUCACUGCCUACCCAGGACUCAUCACAGAGGUGUCUAUGGCUUUUAGGAGCAAAACAAGCUCCUUAUCCACAAGGGAGCUACAGGGGCUCCAGAUACCUCAGGAUACAAACCAAGUCACUCAUGAGUCACAGGCUGGCUCUCGGGUAACACCAGCCCAGAAGACACUCUGGGGUUCUUCCUGAGAAACGCCAGGAUGCUGGGCAGAGCCUUCUCACUGCCUACUGCCUCCCCUCACCUGCCCCACAGUGAAGGGCCCUCCCAUCCCCCACUCCACGGUGACUAAUCACACGUGCCCUGGGUGUGCUGUAGGCUUUUUAAUGCAUCUUCAUAAUCAUGCUUUGACAUUAUUCCCACUCUGCUGGUUAGGGGUCCAGAAACACUAAGCAACUGUCCAAGGCCAUACCGUGACCAGGACUUGACCCCAGGAGGACUGGUCCAAAGCCUCGCUGUGCCUCCUCCCGUGCACCCUCUGCUCACCUCCUGUGCUCUGCUGCAUGGACACAAGGUCCUCCCUCUGCCCGAAGACACAGGCUGUCGUGGAAGUGGCUAUGUUCUGGGGACCAGGCUGCCAUCUCUCCACCUGCAUUGAAAUGUUCAACAUCACCACGCAAGCCCUGGGGUCUGCUCAUAACGGGACCUUUUCAGAGGUCAACUGCCCAGACACUGAGUGGUGGAGCUGGCUCAAUGCCAUCCAGGCCCCCUUCCUCUGGGUCCUCUUCCUGCUGGCCGCACUGGAGAACAUCUUUGUCCUCAGCGUGUUCUGUCUGCACAAAACCAACUGCACUGUGGCUGAGAUCUACCUGGGCAACCUGGCAGCCGCGGACCUCAUCCUGGCCUGCGGAUUACCCUUCUGGGCCAUCACCAUCGCCAAUAACUUCGACUGGCUGUUCGGAGAGGUGCUGUGCCGCGUGGUGAAUACCAUGAUCUACAUGAACCUCUACAGCAGCAUCUGCUUCCUGAUGCUUGUGAGUAUCGACCGAUACCUGGCGCUGGUGAAGACCAUGUCCAUGGGCCGGAUGCGCGGGGUACGCUGGGCCAAACUGUACAGCCUGGUGAUCUGGAGCUGUACGCUGCUUCUGAGUUCACCCAUGUUGGUGUUCAGGACCAUGAAGGACUACAGGGAAGAGGGCCACAACGUCACGGCCUGCGUCAUUGUCUACCCGUCCCGCUCCUGGGAGGUGUUCACCAACAUGCUGCUGAACCUGGUGGGUUUCCUCCUACCCCUGAGUAUCAUCACCUUCUGCACGGUGCGAAUCAUGCAGGUGCUGAGGAACAACGAGAUGAAGAAGUUCAAGGAGGUCCAGACGGAGAAGAAGGCCACUGUGCUGGUGCUGGCUGUCCUGGGGCUCUUUGUGCUGUGUUGGUUUCCUUUCCAGAUCAGCACCUUCCUGGACACGCUGCUGCGGCUUGGCGUGCUGUCGGGAUGCUGGAACGAGCGUGCCGUGGAUAUUGUCACCCAGAUCAGUUCCUACGUGGCCUAUAGCAACAGCUGCCUCAACCCGCUGGUGUACGUGAUUGUGGGCAAGCGCUUCCGAAAGAAGUCCCGAGAGGUGUACCAGGCAAUAUGCCGGAAGGGAGGCUGCAUGGGAGAGUCCGUCCAGAUGGAGAACUCCAUGGGGACUCUGAGGACCUCUAUCUCGGUGGACCGGCAGAUCCACAAGCUGCAGGAUUGGGCGGGGAACAAGCAGUGAACACAAGCCAUCGGGCAGGACGACUGCCGAGCGUGUGAGGACUGCUGGGACCUGAGCUUCUCAGCCUGGGUUCAGGAAGGAGCUUGAAGCAUCCUAGGGAAUCAGGCAGGUGAUUCCAGUCUUGUCUCACGGCAUAAGCGUGCUGUGGGGGAUGGGGACCCUGGAGCAUAGAGGGGUUGUUAUUACUGGCUGGUGCUCUAAAAUCCCCAUGAGUGGAGGGGGUCAUGGGGUAGGGAUGGGAGUGACAAAGCUUCCUUCCCUUUGGGGGAAGGACAGAUCUCCUGCCGGUUUUGGCCCUGUGGCUACAUGCACAGUUGGCAUGGCUGCCUCAUUUCCCAGUUUCAAGAGUUUAAGAUUUAUUGGUCUUCUGAAGGCUGAAUUCUAAGGAGUCUCUGGUAAGAGCCCAGAGACUGGGAUUCUGUGGUUCCUCUCACCCCUAGACAAGGUGGACGGUACAAAAGAAGAACCCCAAAGCAUUUAUGGAGCACUUGCAGAGUACACAGCAUUGAACACUGUGGGCAGGAGGGAAGACACACAUAGUGUAAUGUCUUAAAGGAGCCCUGACGUUAGUGGAGAAAGCCAAGGACUUGCAGUCUCCAGAAGGCUGCUGAUGGCGUGCCAAAGCAAGGAACUGUGGGAGAGGGGAGAGCACAGGGCCUAGGGGAACCGGUAACCCUGAACACGGUAGCCUGAUCCCUGCCUCUGCUUCUUCUGCUGUAAUGUGAGGGUGUCCUGUGCUUUGAAAAGUGGGGUGCUAUAUGGCUGUGAGGCGUCAGAACACACAUCACUGGGUCUGGACACACGUCACAUGCAGACGCAUCAGAACACACAUCACAUGGAGAUGCACCAGAACGCACAUCACUGGGUCAGGAUACACAUCCCGUGCAGAUGCACCAGAACGCACAUCACUAGAUCAAGACACACAUCACACGGAGACACUUGGCACAGAGAAAGCCACUCAGGCUUACUCUGCCUGCAGGUACAAGAGGCCCUCACUCCCUCCUACCUUUCCCUCCUAGUAUCCCACCCCUAUGCACACACAACAAAGCGUUUGGUACUUGGGAAGGGCGGGAGAAAGCAAGUGUUUGUUUUGCAAUGAGACAAAGAAAAAGAUUUCUGGUGGGACCUGCCCGGAGAAUCCACACCUCACAGCAUGGCUGCAAAUUGGUAGCUGACUGGGGGAGUCUAAGCUGCUUCCCAGGGCUCCUGGCUCAGUGACCAAGGGAUGCCAAUUAGUGGUUUAUCUGAGAGUGACUCACAAAGCAGGGAUGCUACCAAAGAGCUGACCCAUCAUCCAAGGUCACUUAACUGAGGGCGUCAAUUCCAGGCCCAGCUCCCUACAUGGCUGCAGGGUGCCUCGUGAGUGAUGUCAGGGGUGGGUAGGGCUGCCUGGGCCCUGGGGAACUCUGACAGGAGAACCACCCCCACCUUGGGGGAGAGGGGAACAACACAUCUGCAUAUUGAGCAGGUCUUCCACCAGAGAUAGGAUAGCCUUCCGGAUGGUUUCAGGGCCAGUGGGUUCCCCAUUAGAACCUAUUCCAGGGGCCUUGGGUGAGCUCAGUGUCAGUGGAGACAGUUGCCCCAGCAACGCCAUAGACUCGGGUGACAGACACCAUACUCAUAGUUCCAGAAUCUUCCAUGGGAGUUUAUUUUUCCACGUGUCCGUAUCCUGUGAUAAACUUAACGACAGGGGCCACUUAAGGGAAAGAGAAGGGUUACUUUGUCUCUCAGUGUCAAAAAAAAAGGCUAUGGUCCAGUGUAGCCGGGGUCUGUAUGGUAAACAGAGCAGUAAAUGGAGACCCGGCUGGAACCAGGGCGGCAUAUGACCUUCAAAUGUCUGCCCCUAGUGACCUUUCACCUACUAGGUCCUACAUCUUAAAGCUUCCAUCGCCUUUCAAAAUAGGACCAGCAGUCAGGAAUGAAGGGAGGUGCCUUUCAGACUCAACUAUAACAAUUUCACUGCCAAUUGGCUGGCUUCUGAGGCUAACACUCUGUCAAGCCCCUGGGGACAUCUGAGGGACAUAUCAAACAACCUCCAACACCAAGCCACGCAGGAGCUGACCGCUCGAUAGCCGGGGGCUACGGAGACUCAGGAAAUGGGCAGAGUUCACUGGUGUUUCUGGCCAGGCUGGAGCCAAGGGAGAGCCUACAUGGCAAAAGGCCCGUGAAUCCCCACCAAUCUGACUCUGAAUUUCCUAAGAGAGAAGACCCCAGGAAAUUCUUUUUUCCACCCCAUCCUCCACUUGUAGCCAAAAGAAGGAAACAGAUGGCAUACGCUGAGAAUGGACUCAGCCACACCCAUACUGUGAAGGCGAAGCAGGGCCCCACCCUCAGAGGAGAAGUUGGUGGGCUACGGGCGUGAGGGACGCGGCCUGGGUCCCUCAGGGUGGCUGAAGGGUCUGAAACUGGGUCACUGCAGGGUCUGCAACUAGGUCUGCAGGAGGGAAGCCCCCUUGUGCCUUUCGUCGACACCCUGAUGAGAAACCAUGUCCAUUGAAGGACGGAGAAAGCUCUGUACCGUGCAGAGGAAGUGGCCGACAAGGGAGGAGCACUCUGUGUAAGAACACACCUCCUCUGUGCGCUGGAAUAAACAGAUGAAUUUUG